CCCUCCCUCCGUUACAGCAGCGCCCAGCACAGUCGCCGGGCCGCCCGAACCCGUAACCAUGGCCGGAGCUACCUCGCUGGACUCGGUGCGGAGGAAGAUCCAAAGCCUGCAGCAGCAGGCGGAUGAGGCGGAGGGCCGAGCCGAGGGGCUGCAGCGGGAGCUGGACACGGAGCGCCAGCUGCGGGAGCAAGCUGAAGGUGAAGUGGCAGCUCUCAACCGACGGAUCCAGCUGGUUGAGGAGGAGUUAGACCGCGCCCAGGAGCGCCUGGCCACCGCUCUGCAGAAACUGGAGGAGGCCGAGAAAGCAGCGGACGAGAGCGAGAGAGGCAUGAAAGUGAUCGAGAACCGCGCGAUGAAGGAUGAGGAGAGAAUGGAGCUGCAGGAGCUUCAGCUGAAGGAAGCAAAGCACAUUGCUGAAGAGGCUGACCGCAAGUACGAGGAGGUGGCUCGUAAACUGGUCAUCCUGGAAGGAGAGCUGGAGCGUGCGGAGGAGCGUGCCGAGGUCUCGGAGAUGAAGUGUGGUGACCUGGAAGAAGAGCUGAAAAAUGUCACUAAUAAUCUCAAGUCACUGGAGGCUCAGUCAGAGAAGUACUCGGAGAAAGAGGACAAGUACGAGGAUGAGAUCAAGAUCCUGACGGACAAACUCAAGGAGGCAGAGACUCGUGCAGAGUUUGCUGAAAGGACUGUUGCCAAACUGGAAAAGAGCAUCGAUGAUCUGGAAGAGCAAGUUACUCGAGCAAAAGAAGAGAACAUGGGCAUGCACCAGGUCCUCGAUCAAACUCUACAGGAACUGCACAACUUAUAAAGAGUUGCUCCUGGCAUCCCUGGUCAUCCGACUGCUCGUGACUCAACAUUCCAUAUCAUCCUCUCCCUCAUCAAGUGUCGACGUAGCUCGAUUAUUACCGAAUGUGGACCAAAGUUUUUAAUUUUGUAUUUUGUAGAAUUUUUAUUGCGCUGUUCGGUUCUUUCCUUCUCCAUUCCCCACACGUACACAGUCUCUCUCCUAUUGUUAGAUUAAGCACAGCUCUAAGUAAACUCUCCUGUGACGAGAGGCAGGAGCUGCAGGUUUGGGGUACAACCUGCCCCAUGUUUUGUUACUCUUCAGGUGGAGCCUGUACCCUGAAAUAUCAUCAGCCUGUUGCUCUCCCUGCGUAUUGUGCUGCCAACUAUUGUACUCGCUAGCUUUGUUCUUCAUUUCAGUGGGUGAGGUUACUCAUUAGAUCCUGGAUGGUGACUUGGCAGUGCAGGCUGUUCCUUCUGGGUUUUGAAUCUCUUCAACUCUUGCACCAAGAUGUCCCUCUGUGGGCCUAGGUUGCGAGGGUCCAGGGGAAAAACUCAAGCCCCAAAGUUGCUCUUUGACUCAUUCGGCAACGCAAUCUACAAAAUGUAGUCAUUCCACAUCUCCUGAGAUUGGGAGGUCCAAAUGUAGGCUUGGUUACGUUAAUGCCAGGUUCUUUAAGGGAAUCCACCAUGCAGGGUAAUCCAAAACACUAGUAAGAAGAUUAGAGAAAUGCCUUGGCUCUGCCUGGUCUUGCCCUUCAGCCCCAAUCUAGUGUCACCUGCACUACUCGAGUGAGCAGUUUUGCAGCUUGUAUACUGCCACGUGCCAUUGGUCAGAGGGUAACCAUUUACCUUGUAUGCUUUAAUACUUUUACUCAGUGGGUGAAAGCUUGUUUGCAUUAACAGAGAGGAAAUUGGCAGUUGGUUUGGAUUUGCUGCGGGGUGUGGAAUAGAUCACUCUUCAUCCCUUCACCAGCCCUCGAUACCAGAAAAACACUCUCCAAACUCUGCUCCAAGGGCUGGCACCACCCUGACACCAUGGCGUGGGCUGGGCUACAGUUUGUUUUUACCCCCACUUGCUAUAAUUUUCCAUCUGUAAGCAGAUGCAACGAUACAGGUUUGUGGUGAUGUCCAUGCAUGAAGGACUGUUGUCUAUUGUUCAACAGCUAGUGUCUGUUAAGAGCAAACGCUUUACAAGUUAAUAAGUGAUCCAUGUCAGGCACUGCAGAAAUCUCAGACUAGCUGAAUGAGUUUCCAUCCAAUCUGUUCACACGGGCAUUGUUCAACAUGUUUGUCUGUUUAAUUUUUCGUAAAUCGUCAAAACAGUCAGUGCUUUGAGUUGCUUUGUAGUCAUGUCCGUUACCCUGGUAACUUCUUAUCAACUUGUUUAACAUACCUCGGUUUCAUUCUGGACAUCUUGUUCUGCUUCAAAGGAAUCAGUAUAUUUGAUUGACUGUGGCCCACAAAACAAAGUCAAAAGCUACUUUCCCUUUUAUGAAGGUGCCAGACUGCCUCCCCCCAGCACUAUCUGUGACUUACACUGAUGUUUUUUUUACUGUUUUAUACAAAUCACACAUGUGCUGGACCUUAAACACAGAAACGAGACACUAUUUGUAUCAAAAGUGGGCAGCACUGGAUUAAAAGGGAAUGUGUGGUUUUGAACUUAUUGCACAUCCCGUACAGUUGCCCUGGGGGAAUUGUGAUGUGAUCUACAUUUGCACUGCUGAUGUUGACCAAUUAGCAAAUAAAGUGACUCACUGCUGAAGAAA